UGGGCUAUCCAAUGGCACUGAAACAUGCCGCUUUCUCAAGUGCGGAGAAGAAAGGGUGGGGUAUAGGGGGGAGGAACAUAGACCAAUGGAUGGGAAGAGAGCCGGAGCACGCUGGGCAUCCUCUCCGGACAGCAGCGGCAGAGGGGCGAGAAAGCGUGCGGGCUGAAGGCAGGCAGUCGGAGCUGCGCUCCCUGUUCGUCACACGGAGAAGAGCUGAGAGGGCACUGGGACGAAGGAAAUGGGGCCUUAACUUUGCAAGCCUAUAAAAUUGUUUCAUGCCCAGGCAUAACAAUGGUGUAUGGACAGAUCCUCCAUAGAAGUGGGACAGAGGAGGAAGUCAUUAACUUGAAUGUUGGAGGUUUCAAGAAAAAAAUCAACCAGAGUACCCUGCUGAAGUUCCCUCAGACCCGACUGGGUAGACUUUUGAACUGCAAAUCGGAAGAGGCCAUUUUGGAGCUGUGUGAUGAUUACAGUGUGGUGGAUAAAGAGUAUUACUUUGAUAGGAGUCCUUGCUUAUUUAGAUAUGUCCUGAACUUUUACUACACAGGAAGGCUUCAUGUAAUGGAAGAGCUGUGCGUGUUUUCCUUUAGCCAGGAAAUUGAAUAUUGGGGGAUCAAUGUGCUUUCUUUGGAUUCCUGUUGCAGCAACAGAUAUCAGGAACGCAACGAGGAUGUCUCAAACAAAGACUGGGAUCAAAAAAGUGAUGAACAGCAGAGCUAUGAUUCUUCCUUUGAAGAACUGUCAGCACUGGACAAAGAAAUGGAGAGAUUUGAAGGUGCCUGGUGCUCUAAUAUUAGAAAGAAUGUGUGGCUUAGACUUGAGUACCCUGGCUAUUCUUUGCUUGCUAAACUUUUUGCCAUUGUUUCCUUGAGUGUGGUGCUCAUAUCUAUUGCCGCCAUGUGUGUACAUAGCAUGCCUGAAUUCCAAGUUUUUGAUGCCAAUGAUAACGAAAUUGAUGAUCCCGUCUUGGGUGUGCUAGAGACUGUAUGCAUCAUCUGGUUUUCCGCUGAAUUUGUGGUCCGCUUGACUGUUGCUCCUUGUCUUCGAAAGUUUUUUACUAAUCCUUUAAACACCAUAGACUUUGUGUCUAUUAUUCCUUUCUAUGCCACCCUUGCAGUUGACAAAGUAGAUGAAGAGAGUGAGGAUUUGGAAAACGUUGGGAAGGUGGUUCAAAUAUUGCGCCUCAUGAGAAUUUUUCGAAUCCUUAAGCUUGCUCGACAUUCAGUAGGGCUUCGAUCACUUGGGGCCACACUAAGACACAGCUACCAUGAGGUUGGACUGUUGCUUUUGUUCUUGGCAGUUGGGAUUUCAAUCUUUUCUGUGCUUGUCUACUCUGUGGAAAAAGAUGAAGAUGAAUCUGCACUGCACAAUAUUCCUGUGGGCUGGUGGUGGGCAACAAUCAGUAUGACCACAGUUGGUUAUGGUGAUACAUACCCAGUCUCUUUAGCAGGGAAGCUGAUUGGCAGUUUAUGCAUUAUUUGUGGAAUACUCGUAGUUGCUUUGCCAAUCACCAUAAUUUUUAAUAAAUUUUCAAAGUACUACCAGAGGCAGAAAUUAGUGGACGUCGACCAAUGCAAUGGAGAAAGUAAGGAUCAGGUGUCUAGUCUUCCAUAUUUUAAUGUCCGAGAUCUCUAUGCCCAAAGGAUGAACUCCUUCAUUGCUAGUCUCUCUUCAAUAAGCAGUAUUUCCAGUGACCAAGAUUGCACUGACCCUUCAAGCAUUCAAGAGACAGAUACUUUAUACAACGCAAAUGCAUUGAACAACGGUACUGCAAAGUAGAUUCAUUCAUGCUUAGUUUGUGUCCUUCUAAGUUCUUACUUAAAGCACUUUAUGACUCUCAGGGCAUACAUUUGUUUUCAUGUCAGGUUCACUCAAUGUGGUUUGAAGAGGAAUUUUCAAGUUCAGGAUAUUGUUAAGCAGCAAGUUUACCGGACUUGUUCUUUCUCUUAGUUGAUAAUAUACAAACUGUCCUUCAUACAACGUGUCAACACAUAUAAGCCUGCGAUGCCUCUGAACCAACCUUACUGUGACUUGCCACUUCACAAUCAAGUAUUUUUUCCCAGGAAUUACAUUAGAUUAACAGGCGGACUUGCAAUCGCAUGAUGUAGUUGCACUUUCAAAUCAAUAUUCUAGUUCUUGCAUGCAAUGACUUAAUUACUGUGUAAUUAACAUAGCUCUUCUGGAAGUGCAACUUUUUUUUUGGUUAAGACAAGUCUAGAAUUUCACACCCACAAAAAAUGCAUUGGAGCCAUCAUAUGUUAUUCAGUUAUUCAAUAAGGAAAGUAUACAUUUUUGAGCUUGAUAAAUAAUUUUCCAUUUUGAAAGGGAGCAUUCACAAUUCCACUAGACUUAUUUUUAUACUAUUUUUUUAAUAGAUGAACAAUAGUGAGCCACAGUACUGAAUACAAAUAUAUAAGUGUGUGUGUGUGUGUUUGUGUAGAUGUGUGUGCAUGUAUGGGUGUAUACAGUAUAGUUCUGCUAUGAACUGGUGUCUGACAUGCACCCAAUGCAGCUGGGAUUGGUGUUGACCUUCUGCAAUCCUGAAUUGGAUUAAGCAGGUUUGGGAAUGUUAUGUUAUAUACAGUAUGUAUACACGAGGUCUAUCAUAAAAUUAAUGAAACUGACUGAAAGCACCCAAAGAGCCAUAAAUGAUGUACUGUUCUCAAAAAUGCUGGAAAUAUUGACAUGUUAUAACAUGGAGAUAAUUUAUACAAGAAAGUGUUCUUUAAUGUCAGUUUCUUUCAAAUCAUGAUAGACCUAAUGUACAGUAUAUAUAUAUAUAUAUAUAUAUAUAUAUAUAUAUAUAUAUAUAUAUAUAUAUAUAUAUGUAGAAAAUAUAACAGUGUUUUCUCUGGCUCAUUAUUUAGCACUUUGAAACCUAAGCUUUCUCCCUUACUCAUGGUGACCAUACUGCUUCUGCUUUUUCAGACUGAACAUUUUGUGAUAAAAGUAUAAUGGAACCAAGGGAAAUCCUGACCUUAUAAGAGCUUUAAAAAUUCAUUAUAACAACACUGGCAGGCAUAAAAAAAUGAGACUGCAUUUUUGGAAUUUGAUUGAUAAGAUCACUUGUAGAAUAAAUCAUAUGGCAACUGAACAUGCAUGGAGAAUUAGCAGAGGCGAAAAAUUAAUAAAUAGGAAAUAGGGAAAUUCAGACAAUCUUUGAAGCAAUAACAAUGAACUGAUUUAGUAAGAAAUUCUGUACAAAUGGUAAACAAAUAACUUACACAUACUUAUAAUUCAGUAAUUCAAGGGCUUAUCAGUUCUGUUAAUAAAUGUAUGGUAAAUAUAGAUCUAAAGGGUCAAUGAACAAUCACAGUAAUAGUUAAAAAUAACUGUACAUUUUUCAUGAUCACAUUGGUCUACUGUAAUUAAGUUUAAUAGAUAAAUACCAAAUACAAAACAAGGUGUUAUUUCACAUCUGGGUUUGUCCUCUGUUUGAUAGUUAUUUAUUUGGUUUGCAUUAACAAACCUUCAAAGUAUAGCAUGAACGUACAAUUAUAAAUAAAUGAAACUUUUCUUACAUAUGGUAUCUGUCUAAUAAUUAUCUAAUAAUACUGUCAAUUAAAAAAGUAUUUAAUAAAUUAAGGCACACAGAUUAAUAUCUUGAUGAAAGUGUAUUAAUAAUACACAUACUGUAUUUAUAUGCAGGUAUAUUCAGUAUAUACAGUAUAUAUAUAUAAUAUAAAAUGCAUAUUUAACACAGUAUUACAAAAAUAAUACAUUUUAUUUAUAUAGCUCCUUUGCCAUGCUCAAAGUAAUUCAAAUAUAUAUGCAGUAAAUAACAGGCUACUGUCCUACCCAGGAUUGGAUCCUGCAUUACCAUAAGUGCUGCCCAAGGAAAGGUUUCCCAGCUCCUUCCAACCUAAUUUAGAUUAAGAAUGUUAAUAUUGUUUAAAUUGGUCAAUCAGUCUAUUCACCAUUAGCCCAGACAUUUUUGUUAGAGCUAGGCUGGUUGGAAAUGUAUUGUAAUAAACAUGGGUCAUUUCAAAAUGGUCAAGUUCAUUUCCAGUUAGCCUGUCUUAUCAUAAAACACCAGGGAUAACUGCAGUGGGACAGAUUUGUAUAUGUGUGUGUAUAUCAGAAAUUCUAAUUUACCUGUAUUGUUGCUUUUACCUCCUUGGAUGGCAAAAUUACACUGUGGUGUGUGCUUCUGCUUCAAGGAUUCAGUGUGCUGGAUUCAAAUAUCAUAUAUCAUAUAUCAUCAGCCCUUUGUCUUGUGAAUUUAUCUCCAGGUUCUUCCCUGGGCUUUCCUCCCAUUUCACAAGAACUUGCUCAUCCAGUUAAUUGGCAAUGCUAAACUGGUCCUGGUGUGACUGAAUGUAUGUGUGCCCUGUGAUGGAUUGGCACCCCAUCCAGCAUUGGAUUAAAGAUGAGCAGCCUGACUGUGGGUGUGUGUGUGAGCUCUGUGAUACACUGGCACCAUAAUGAGGGUAUGUUCCAUCCUUAACCCAUCCUGGCCUCCAUGACCCCUCAAUUGGAUUUGAGAAUGUUUAUUAUUCUAUGAUACUGUUCUUUAUUUUGUAGAAUACUAGUGAGUGUCUACAUACAUGUAAGAAGGUUCUACUGAACAGUUUCUGAUUAUUAAUCAUAUACCAUGAGAUCAACACAUGCAUUCUGUUAAAAUAGUAUAUUAAACUAGAAUUCAUUUUAUAAUUUAGGUAUAUAAUUGUAUUUUCAUUUCGACUCUAGUUAUGUCCAACAUUUUGAGAAAUAUAAUUAUUUUAAAAGAAAACCUUUAGGGAAUAUCAGACACAGACAAGUCCAAAUAUAAUGUUCAUUAAAAUGAAAAAUGUAUUCUUAAAAAUUCAAAAGAAAAAAAUGUUUAGUGUGUAUUGCUGAAGUACGUUUCCUUCUGAAAAAAAAGACUCAAGAAUGUAAUUUCUUAAUAAAUCACCUUAAGUGUUGCUGUGCUGCCUGCUCAAGUGGAGCCGUGUAGCGUGGAUUCUGAUCUGAUCAUCUUGUUUUCUGCUUUCUUAAAGAAAGCAACCCAACCACAAAGAGAGGUACUGUAAAUGGAUUGGGAAUAACCUUUAAAACUGAAAGAACUCCUCAUCAUGUAUAUUAUAUGAUUUGUGUAGUUGCACAAUGCAUCUGAGACUCUCGAUCGAUGCCUCUAGUGAGUACAGUUCAGAAAUACAAUUUUGUCUGCACAGGUCGCAGUCAGUUAUGGAAAAGCAAGCAUGUUAGGAAUAGAGGGAACACCGUGUUGAUCUCUUUCAAUAGCACUUCCAAAGACGUGGAGUCAGAGCUUCCUUUUUUUAGAAUUAUGCAUUGUCAAAUCAUGCACUUUUUUCAAGCUAUAAGCCUGUACAUUAAAUGUGUUCAAAAAUAAAAUUCUGUAUUUAUAUAUUCUCAAAAAAGAGAUUAUGUCAAUAUGCAGCCUGUAUAACGAAUGUGAAGAAUGAAAUGAAAAAACAGUAUUGGCAUGUGGGGGCAUUUUUACAGUCUUCAUGAAAUAAGAAAAAGAGAAUGCUAGCAUGAUUCACAGAGAUUCAAAGGUAAAAGAAACUGCAUCGAAACUGCUGUUUGAAUAAAGAGUGCUAUACCACAA